AUGGCGGAAUUAAGCAACAACUACCAAUACGCAGUUGGUGAAAAAGUCUUUGUAUACUUCGACGGAUUGCUUUACGAGGCAAUAUGUUUAAAGCGACGAAAGACAGAUUAUGGAGAAAAUCAGUACUAUGUUCACUAUAAGGGCUUUAAGAGUACAUGGGACGAGUGGAGUGAUGAGGAUGACAUUUUGCCAAUCAAUCAGAUUAAUAUAAGCCACAAGGAAAGGCUAGAAUCUAAUCGAAAAAAUUGUAGAAGAUCAAAACGAGGAAAAAAAUCUCAAGAACCUAAGGAAACAGAAGAUGAUUCUUCUCGAAAACCAGCAUCAAGAAAACGAGGCAGGCCCAAGAAAAAUGUAGAUCAAUCCGCAGAACAAGCAGUAGGACAAUCUACAGUACCAGCGGUAGGGCAAUCUACAGUACCAGCGGUAGGGCAAUCUACAGUACCAGCGGUAGGACAAUCUACAGUACCAACACCAGCGAUAGGAAAAUCUACAGUACCAGCGGUAGAACAAUCUACAGUACCAGCGGUAGAACAAUCUACAGUACCAGCUGUAGGAAAAUCUACAGUACCAGCUGUAGGACAAUCUACAGUACCAGCGGUAGGACCAUCUACAGUACCAGCAGUAGGAAAAUCUACAGUACCAGCGGUAGGACUAUCUGCAGAAUCAGUGGUAGGACAAUCAGACAGAGAAAACUCUGCAGAACCAUCAGUAGCACAAUCUACAGCCCCAGCGUUCGAACAAUCUGCAAUCCCAAUUGUAGAAGACGGACCGGCUGAUCGGGCUGUUGCUAAUAUUGUAUUAAAUAUUAUUCCAAGUUCAGAGCUUCUUGCAAAUAAAUUGCGUAAAUUAGUAAUACCAUUUAAUUUAAAAAAUGCAGUAGAAUUUGAUUGUGUGAUUAUGCAUCAACAUAACUAUGCAUCCCAAAAGCUAUUAAAGUUUCCGGAGAAAAACUUUUUGGCAGAAGUAAUUUAUACCUUCACUAAUUCAUCUUAUUUUAUAGAUGAUAGCCAAAAGAUAUGUUCAAAGAUGUUCUGUGUUACUUUAAUGCAAUAUUUUAAUGCUUCUGUUCACAAACAUCUAACAUACGAGGUCGAGAGAAUAUACUGUUUAAAAAAUAAGGGCAUGAAAUGUUUUAUUAAUAGAUUGAGAAAUCGACCAGACAUCAACUAUAUCUAUAAGGAACUCAUAAGACCAAAAGCAAUUUGGUGUUAUUUGUAUGGUCCCAUGUAUCUAUUAAGAUUAAUUGUUCGUUUGCCAACAAUUUUGAUAUCAACCUCGUCGCUUCCUCAAUACGAUUCAGAUACCUUUGUUCAUCAUAUUAAACAAUUAAUCUGGUUCUUGAAGGAUAAUUUUGAUACUUAUUUCACUAACAAUGAUUACAUACAAGCUGAAGAAAUGAUAUAA